CAUAGUAUGAUUAGCAAAAGUGGUAAGCAGAAAUAUUUUAUGGGUCGAUAUAUGAAUCUCAGUCAUCAUAUCCAAAGUGUUUGUUUUGGUAAGCAUGUGCCUGGUGGAAGAAAUCCAUUGGAUGAUUUGUAUUUGGUAUAUAAAACAAAUGAAAUGGGUAUACAUGAAUACUUUAUCAAAGUAGUUCCUACCAUAACCGAUUAUUUUCGGAUAAGAAAUGAUUCCUCUUUGGGAGUUUUUUUCUUUUAUGAACCUCACCUAUUCGAAUGGAAUAUAGAGAACAAGUAAGAUGAUUGAUUGUUUUCUUCUCCAUACUAAGGUAAAGAUUGAGCGCAAUUCUUUUCUUCUUCAUUUUGUGGUUCAAUUGUGUGCCAUUAUAAGUACAAAUGG